UCCUAGCCAGCUAUGUAGUUGUAAAAAUGGCUGCCACCACAACGAAGAGCUUUGUUAACUGUUGCAGGCUUAUUCGCAUAUCUUCAUUCAGCAUCAUAUUUCUUAGUACUAUUAGCUAUGGUGCCACGCCAUAUAAAUAUUUCUCAACCAAAACGCCGUACGAAUGGGUUCAUAAACCAUCGGAAACUGUAACCGAUGAGUUGUAUUAUCUAAAAGAACUGCAAGGUAAAUCAUGCACUGCAGUUCACACCAGUGCUGUCAUUCGUCAUGGAGCUAGAUUUCCAGGACUGGAAGACGUUUUAGAAAUUUCGAGAAUCCAUGAAAAAAUCAUAAAUGUUUUAGAGCCCUACGAUCAUCCAACCCUUUACAACUGGGUGAACAGAUUUCCAUCCAACAAUAACAAAGAACUUUCUCAGCUUGGAGAAGAUGAGCAGGAAAGGUUAGGGCAAAGAAUCGCUCAGAAAUUGUCUACCUUGUUUAAAGAUGAAGACCUGAGUGAUUUUAGAUUUAUUAUAUCCAGCCAACAAAGAACAAAUCAAAGUGCAUCUGCCUUUUAUGAAGGAUUUAUAAAUGUAAUACUGUCAGAGGAAGAUGUAGAAGAUGAAAUUGAUUCAGAAGUCAGUGAUGAUUUAUUGAGAUUUUUCAAUUUGUGUGCUAAAUAUGUUUACAGUGUUGAGAAGAAUAAAACUGCUCAUAAAGAAUAUUAUGACUUUCUGUCCAGCGAACAUGUGGUCAAAAUAAAGAAUAAAGUUCAUCAAAAGCUGGGUAUUACUGAUGACCUUUUAACUACUGCUGAUGUACGACUGAUUUAUUUAGUGUGUGGUUAUGAAACUGCUGCUUUCAAAUCUUCCCCUUGGUGCUCAUUACUGGAUGAGAAUGACUUGAAGAUAUUGGAGUAUGUUGGUGACUUGAAGCAUUAUUAUAAAAAUGGCUACGGCUUUGACAUCACAUGUCAACAGAGCUGCCCCCUGGUGUCUGAAAUCUUUCUGACAAUGGAUGAAGUGUUGACUGAUAUAGAAAGUAUGGACAGUGAGGAAGCUACUGAAGGUUUGAGUUUUACCAAGGGUCAGUUUUUCUUUGGUCAUGCAGAGACACUAGGACCUCUGUACUGUGCUCUUGGACUCUUCAACGACUCUAUGCCUCUCAAAGCCAAUAACUAUGAGCAGCAUGGACAUCGCAGUUUCCUGACCAGCAACAUUCUACCAUUCUCUGCCAACUUGAUGUUUGUGUUGUACGAGUGUUUCUCCGACGAAUUUCAAGAGACAGACGAGGUAGAUGAGGUGGAGUACUAUCUGAAACUGUUUGUCAAUGAGAAGCCCCAUCAGAUUCCUGGCUGCCCAGAACUCUUUUGCCCUUAUAGAGCAGUCAGGGAGAGGUAUAGCUCUCUGGUGGAUCACUGUGAUUUUAAACAGAUCUGUAAACGUAAGCCAGCUAAAGAUGAAUUAUAAAGUGGUCUAGUAGUUGAAAUGUCUAAUUUUAGUGUUGUCCAUGUGGUACUUUUGUGUAGAUAUCAACCUUCCUGUGACCCAAUGUAAGUGUCUUGAAUAGAAAUAUAUACACAACUUAUGUAUGCCAAUGUAUGAACAAAAACAUGACCUGGUGAAAUUUAGAAGGCUUAAGUUCACACACAAAUAAUAGUAACAACGUUGUGUUCAUUAUUUUCUUAAAAUUAGGAAAACAUUUAUACAUUUGUUCAUCAUUCAUGUUUUAGUUAUUCAUAGUGUUCAUUUUUAUCAGUGGUCAUCAAACUGUUAAUCUCUGCCCACUAAUAUUUUUUUUUCAAUUAUUCACUAUCUCAAAAUAUCUAUCUAUGUGGCCCUACUACCCAUAUAGGGCUCUAGCCUUCUGUACCACCUCUACCCCAAAGGAAGUUGCAUUGUGCAUACACUAUAUCUAACUUGUGGAUGGAUAUGCUGUGUCUUUAAAUAAGUCACAAUGAAUAAAAUAAAGAUCUUUGCUAGAUGACAUUUACUCUAGUCUUUAUUACAUGAGACUAAGAUGCAUUAAACAUAUGAAUGAUUCUAGAUGGUAUCUGGUGUGAAACUUUAGUUGGGAAUUACAGAAUAAAUAAAAUGAACAAAGUACCUGGUUGAAUAGUUUCUGAAUCUGGUAUUUAAAACUACUUUCUGUUAGAAAACAAUUAUUUGUACAUUUUUGUAUACGAGCAUUGAAAUUUAGGAUGUGAAUCUGAGGCUUGCUACUUGUGUGAACUCAAGUUAUACUUCUUGGCUCAUGUUAGUAUGUAACGGUGUUCUGUUGGAUGUCCUGUAUCUCAUAGUAAUACCAGUUAUAGUAGCAGUAUUCUGUAUACAAAUACAGCAUUUUUUUUGUUGUUGUUGUGCUUCAGUCAUUACACCUAAUGUUCAUCAAUGUUAUUAUUUCUCAAAUUGAUUUUGAAUCUGUAAUGCCAAUGACUAAAAAAAAGGGGGGUGCUCCUGUAACUGAUCUAAGUUACAUAGUAUUGUUUGCAUAUCUUUAAAGCACUACUUGUCACUUACUGUUUUCCUGCAACCUUUUUUUUUUUUUGUAAAGAGAGUGGGAAAGAAAUGUUGUUUUUUCUUAUAUCUUUUCAUUUUUUAAACAUUUUUCAAGUGUUUCUCAGGAAGCCUCUUUUAUGUAAACAGUACACAAAUACAGUUAUUAGAAGAAUUGUGCACAAGUGAGGCAGGAUAUGCACCACUGAUGAUACAUAUUCCUCCUUUAUUGCUGAUAGAAAGUUUUCAUUGUAUAUACUUUGCUAACUAUUUUAUUGUAAGAGUUUUGAAUACAGUCCAGGUGAUGAUAUUUUGGUCUAGGUCUUGAGAACAACUAGUCUCUUAUCAAGGCCAGUAAUAUGUUUAAAAACUAUUAAUAAAUAAAAAUCAAUACUGGAUACUAAUUUUUAAAAAUUAUAUAAAGCCUAAAUUUAAAUUUUAAAAUAGCUGAAUUAUCUCUCCUUUCUAAAGCUGUGUCUGAGUCAGCUGCCAGUGGAGUUGCAGUGGUUCAGGUACUGUAUUUCUUGGUAUUAUUCUCUUUAUUUACAUGUUUACUAGAUAUCUCACUUUUGUGUCUGACUUCAGGUGCAAUCAUUUCUCUUUUGAAUUGUGUCUUACAAUAAUUCAUCAUGACUUCUAAUUCAUCAUCUUUCUAUUUCUCACUUUUGAAUAGUGUCAGUCUCUGACAUCCUCUUUCUCAUUUUUGAAUUGUGUCUUAAAUGUCUUUUGACGUCUAACUCAUCUGACUUCUAAUUCUCAUUUUUGAAUUGUGUCUUAAAUGUCUUUUGACUUCUAACUCAUCUGACUUCUAAUUCUCAUUUUUUGGAUUGUGUCUUAAUGUCUGACUUCUAACUCAUCUGACUUCUAAUUCUCAUUUUUGGAUUGUCUUAAUGUCUGACUUCUUCUAAUUCAUCAUCCUUCUAUUUCUUACUUUGAAUGUGUAUUUGUGCACUUUUAUUUUGUCUCUUGAAACUUUGAUUAAACUCCUAAGCUAAGUGUAAUUUUAUUGUUUUUGUGAUUUGUUCAUGCUCCCCCCUGGGACAUGCUCCCCCCUGGGACAUGCUCCCCCCUGGGACAUGCUCCCCCCUGGGACAUGCUCCCCCCUGGGACAUGCUCCCCCCUGGGACAUGCUCCCCCUUGGGACAUGCUCCCCCUUGGGACAUGCUCCCCCUGGGACAUGCUCCCCCCUGGGACAUGCUCCCCCUGGGACAUGCUCCCCCCUGGGACAUACUCCCUUGGGAGCAUUGUUUUGAAACCUUUUUGUUUCUCUUGAAGAUGUUCUCCUAAACAGUGUAGCCAUUUUAAAAUGGUUUGAGAAAUUGUCAUUGUUUAAUUAAUUUGACUUGUGUCUUUGGUGUGGCACAUGUAGUACAACUCAAAUCUACUUUUAAUACACUGUGACUCAAUUAAUAGUUACAUAAUUAAAAUGUACAUUGUAUUUUCUAGGUUAUUUAAGAACUUAUAUUAUUGUAAAAGUGUCUUGAUGACAUCAGAAUAUUGGAAAAUUAAUCUUGACUCAAACUAUUUUUGUAUUUUGUUGGGACAGUGUCAAUAUUUUGCAAGAAAAAAAAAGUUCUAAUUGUUUAUAUAUAGUUUGUUUCCUUACAUUUCGUAUUGCUAAUUUUAUACUGCUGAGAUGUUCCUGUUUCAGCAUUGAGUUUAAUUGACUUGAGUUAUUUAUUAGAAAAUAAAUAUUUAUUUUCAACAGCAAA